AUGAGUACAAAAAUUUACGACUUUUCAAAACCAGAAGAUAUUGAAGAUCUUACUAGUCUCGCUUUUUCCGAGGACGAAAAUUUACAAGAAGAUGUGAAUGACUCUGAUGAAUCUGAAAAAGAAGACCACGUCGAAACAAGAUCAGUUGAUUCCGAGACUGAUCAUGUUGAAGUAAGCGAUGACGAUGGAAACGAUCAUAGUGGAAACCAAGAAAACAGCAAAGACGGAACACGAUGGAGUAAAAUUGUACCAAGAGUAACUCGAGCCCGUUCUCAUAAUAUGAUGAAGUUACCUGGUGUAAUUGGUCAAACAGCCAUAAACGCCGAAACUGAAUUAGAUUGCCGGAAUCUAUUUUUUAGUAAUAUGCUAAACAUGAUAGUUGAUUCCACAAAUCUAUAUAUAGAAAGUAUAAAAGCCAAAUUCAACCGUGAAAGAAAUUGUCGUCCUACAGACUUGAUUGAAAUAAGAGCAUUGUUUGGCCUGUUAUACCUAGCAGGUGUAUUUCGAGGAGGUCACCGCAAUUUGAAAGAUUUUUGGGCAUCUGACGGGCUAGGAAUUGAUCUUUUCAAAAUAGCAAUGACUGAAAAGCGCUUCAGAUUUCUACUCAGAUGUCUAAGAUUUGAUGAUCGGUCUACAAGAGAAGAAAGACGUGAAUUUGACAAGUUAGCAGCUGUUAGGAAUCUCUUCAGUAAUUUUAUUGAAAACUUCAAAAAACAUUAUCAUCUUGGGCAAAACGUGACCAUAGAUGAAAUGCUGCCAGCAUAUCGUGGUCGAUGUACAUUUCGACUGUACAUACCGUCGAAACCAAACAAAUAUGGUAUCAAAAUUUUCUGUUUGUAUGACGCCAAACUUUACUAUACUUCGAAUAUGGAAAUCUAUUGUGAGCAACAGCCAGGAGGACCCUUUCGGCAAAGCAAUUUAUCCUCUGACGUAAUAAUGAGAUUGUCUGAACCAAUUUCUCAGUCGGGUAGAAAUAUUACCGCAGACAAUUGGUUCACAAGUGUAGAGUUGGUGAGAAAGUUAGAAGAAAAGAAGCUAUCGUACGUGGGGACAGUUCGGAAGAAUAAAAGAAAACUUCCAGCUAACUUCGUCUUACCAAAAGGGCGUCAAGUAUUUGACAGUAUAUUUGGAUAUACAAAAAAUGAAACAUUAGUUUCAUAUGUCCCGAAAAAUAAAUCCGGCGUUGAUGUGGUCGAUAAACUUUGCGCUACUUAUAAUGUUGCUAGAUCAACUAAGAGGUGGCCUAUGAAGUUGCAAGUAUACGCUGACUUGAGAUAUAUUCCUAUUGCUAUGCACGCCGCUUCAUCAUAA